UCACAAGAAACUUCACUCAUGAUCUUCCAAGCGCAUUUCCUACAUCAUCCCAAGUCAGACUCCCCGCGCUUGCCUCAGAUCAUCGCUCAUCGAGGAUACAAAGAGAAAUAUCCUGAAAAUACAAUUUGUGCUAUUGAUGGAGCCAUUCAAGCAGGAACUAAUGCCGUAGAAAUCGACCUACACCUCACCCGGGAUGGAGUAAUCGUGUUAUCGCAUGAUGCGACGUUGCAACGAUGCUUCGGGGUCAAAAAGAAGAUUAUCGAUUGUGACUGGGACUACCUUAAAACUCUUCGUACUUUGCAGGUCCCGCACGAGCCUAUGCCGCGGCUUGUAGACGUUCUUCAGUUUAUGAGACAGCCAGGGCGAGAAGAUAUUUGGAUCCUCUUGGAUUUAAAGCUUUCCAACGAUCCUGAGACUAUUAUGAGUGUACUGGCAAAAACUAUAGAAUCAGUACCUAUUCCCGCAGUGGGGCCAGACUGGCAUCGUCGGGUUGUACUGGGCUGCUGGUCGGCUCGGUAUCUACCGGGACGCGAAAGGCACUUGCCUCGAUAUCCGAUCACACUUAUCUGCUUUGACUUGGGAUAUGCCCGUCAGUUCUUGCAUGUCCCAGGGAUCUCGUUCAAUAUCAAUCAAAAGAUACUUAUGAGUCCAUUGGGCCGAGGCUUUUUAGAGGAAGCAAAGAUGGCUCGUCGUCAAGUGUAUCUCUGGACUGUCAAUGAGCCGAACCUGAUGCGUUGGGGCAUUAGACAAAAGGUAGAUGGCAUCAUUUCGGAUAGCCCGGCUCUAUUGAAGGAAGUACAUGAGGAUUGGCAAAGCGGGACUUCGCCUCACUUGACAGAUCCGAAACUAGAUCGAGUGACCUGGCGCCAACAUAUCCAGAUAUAUGUUGUAAUGAUGUAUGUUGUGUUCUUUAGCUGGAUCUUUAAGCGCAAAUAUCUUCCCAGUGUGGAGCGUGUUCAGGUGGAGGAACGAAAGCUAUCUUAA